AGAAUUAUUAAUGUGGCCAGAAAUGAGAUAAGGAAAACUACUCAAAUUCUCAAAAGAAAGAUGAUUCUCCAGUGCAUCGCACCCCACCAAUGCUUCCGUGUUCCACAAAGUCUCACCAAUCGUUUCGUGACACGUAUGUCGUCUUCCUCUGAGACCAUUUCUGCAACUCCUCCUCCCCGUCCUCCAUUAUCAUCCCCAUCCACAACCAGAAGAGAAGCUUUAUCUCUUUCCUUCAUCUCUGCCACUUGUUCUUCCCUACUCUCUUUACUCACUCCAGCUUCUGCCUCGUCCGCCAUAUCGGACUUCUUCGAGCUCCCUAAUUCAGGUGGCGUUAAGGCUUUGGAUCUCCGUCUUGGCUCCGGAGAAGUUCCCUCCAAUGGCGACCAGGUUGCAAUUCAUUACUAUGGAAGAUUGGCAGCUAAACAAGGAUGGCGUUUUGAUUCAACAUAUGAGCAUAAAGAUCAAAAUGGUGAACCAAGUCCUUUUGUAUUCGUCCUUGGAUCUGGAAAAGUUAUUUCAGGGAUUGAAGAAGCUGUGAAAUCAAUGAAAGUAGGUGGCAUUCGUAGGGUCAUCAUUCCACCAUCUCAAGGAUAUCAAAGCACAUCACAAGAACCUCUACCACCUAAUUUUUUUGACAGGCAGAGAUUGUUCACGACCAUCUUCAAUCCAACUCGUCUAGCCAAUGGAGAAGGCUCUACUCUUGGGACUCUCUUAUUCGACAUUGAGUUGGUUAGCCUGAGGCAUCAGUGAAAGAUUUAAUGAAACCGAGAACUAUACCUUCCGUGUUGGAUACGAACAUAACAAGAAGCUGUUUGCUUUCCCUGUUCCAAGAAUCUGAAAGUAACAAAGAAUGCAAAAAUCAUUGUUUCAGAAUGAAGUUUCCUUGUAUAUAUUGGUGUUCUCUGCUUUCAUGUGAAGGUAAUUAUUCUGGAUUUCAUAUUUGCUUUUUGUUACUUUCUCUUUAAUUAUGUAUAGUACUAUUAUUAUUUAAUAAAGAUUCUUUUUGUUGGGCUAAAA